CCUCGAGCGUAUGUGUUUGUCGUAUUUCAUUGUUCACCUCAUACUAAAUACAACAAUAUAACCCAAAAAUAUUCACACAGAUCACCAAAACAUUUAUAAAUAUAAAGUGUAAGUGUUAAAUGAAGUGCUUUCUGUUAUGAAUUGUGAAAAAACUGCUAUAAAUUAGUGGUAAUGACAAGAAGCUUUGCACAGCGUCCUAGUAUCUUGAAUAAUGAUAUAAAACAACAUUUUGUACGGCGAUAAAUCGGUCGUAACUGGGCUGUUUAAUCGGUAAUGUGCUAUCAGACCCAGGAAACUUUAAAAAAAGUUAAAUAGCUAUAUUAAAAGGACACUCUACUUAUUUACCAUCAAGAACUAAAUUAUUAUUCUUAUUAGGUGAACAGUUAACAUGAUAUUAAAGUGAAAAAAAACUAUUUUUAAAGUUUAAAAAUGAAGUGUAUAGUUCACUUUUCUGGCCAAUGAGAUUGUAUGGAAUAUGGCACGGCAGAGGCCGACUACAAGGCACUUUCAUAACCAGCCUGAACUGCGCCGUGGAGACAGUUCCGGGCUCAUGCUGAGAUGGAUCUUCUUAGGCUGGCUGGCCAGCUGUGGGCCACUGGGGAACACCGUAAAACAAGAUGGUUGCACCUUUCCACCUCGUUGGCAAGGCAAGUGGUUCCAGUCUGGUGUGAUCCAGCCGAUCAUAAUCGAAGCUAACAUCCUCUCAAAUAAGGGACGCUGCCUAUCUUCUGAAGGGGAUAAGUUCCUGAUAGUGGACGAGAAAGGAUGCUAUCGCUGUGUCGUAAUGCACGAGAAGCAUAUUAAUGUUCUACAGUAUAAAGAAACGUUUUGUCAUCGUCGCGAUGCACUCCCUCAUCUGUGUUCCUUGAUCACUGGCGACGCUCUCCUUUACUCAAUGUUCAGAGAAAAUGCUGAGCCAGUCGACUGUCCACUAAAAGCGCCAUUUUCCUUUACAUACAACAGAGGGCAUGGUGACUGCAAGUUUCCAGCAUCGUCCAUAGAGAGCUGUACCGAGGAUUCCAGACUUCUUCUGAAUUAUCAAGCAUGUCCUGAUGUCUACGGAUCAGAAAGUACCGUUGAAGAGUUAGAGUGUCUUGCGACAUGGAAGGAGGGGAGUCUCAGGUUCCUGGUGGGGAAGCUUCAUCAUAACCACGCCACGAGCAACGAGGACCGCUACAGAUGCUUUGUCUACGAGAAGACGAAUGGUAUUGGUUCAGCACCUGGGUUGAAAGAUAAUCCUGUGACUCCUGGUGGAGUGGAAUAUAGAGUAGCUCAGUCUGGAGAUGCAACUUGUAAUGGUCUUUUCAGUGCUACUGAAGGUUCUAGGACCAUGGCCUUAAAAAGAGUUUCAGUGAAAUUCAACUGUCAGUUCCCCUCCUGGAUGACAUUCUCUCACACGUGGCACACCUUGGACUUUACGAGUAACUACACGUUCUACCAACGAAAUGCAACGCUCCGUAUAACGAACCAUACCGGUGCGGAGGUCAAAGUGUUCUGCGUCAAUGUGAAGGCUAGUUCGCCGAGUGGAAAUUCCGUCGCUUUGGUUGCGCAUUGGCAACACCAUUGCGUCUCUCGCUACGUUUGCGUGGUAUUGUACCGACGGGAUACGUACAUAGCUGAACUCCAACGCGGAUCGCCGACUUCCAGACCGGAUGAUGCCUGUUCUCCUCAUCAUUUCAAUGCUGUCACCGCACCUUAUAUUACAUUAGUUGCAAGCAAUCCGGAAUCCAAGGAAUGCCCAUACUCCGGGAAAUACACAAUCUCAAACCACAGACACCAGAGAAGUAUAUCAAACAACCACAGACUACGAUCGCGAAGAGAAAACCCCGUAGAUUAUAACCAUAGAGUAAACAGUUCGAGAAUGUUCAAUUUUAGCCUUAGGAAUAUAUCGGAGAUGCCAAUUCUGAGGAGUAAGAGGAAUGACCAAAUAAGUUGUGUCAGCAGUACAUAUAGCAAACUGGAAGUAGGGUGUAACACAGCUAAGAAUAUGGAAUUUUAUUCAACUUGUGAUAAUAAAGAAUUAGUUACAGCAUAUACAUGUCACGGUGGAUGGUACGAGAACGGCGCAUCAUUCGUAGUUACGACACCCGUGACGCGGGACAGUACGGCAGCGAGACGAUACUGCUUUGUAUCACGAGAUGCAAGGGACGGAGUCCUCGCUGUGGGGCAAAGUGCCACCAACUGCGAGCGUGGUGUCGAUCCGGAGCCUUUGUUGUUCGACGCUUCGUUUACUGGUAAAUGUCAGGACGAAACCAAUAAGCAACCACUUAUAAGAAUACCGUCUCCUUAUAUCAUCUACAUCGCGCCCUUUGUUCUCCAUUACAUUAUACCAAGAUGAUGGAUGACAUAAGUCACUUGUCAAAACUUUUUACCCAAUUUCUUAGUUGGCACCUAACUUGGUAAGACUUCGCUCGUACUUUUAUUAGCAUUAAAAAACUCCUGCGCAACUUUUGCCAACUUAUGUGUUAAUGGCCUUAAAACAUGGACUUAUUAAAUCAUGUUUAUCGCAAUUUAUUAUUAUUAACUAAUACCACAAAAAUCCACAACUGCCGCUUUAUAUCAUUGUAAUAACUUGUUACCAUGGCAACAUCGUCUUUAGUCCAUGUUUUAAGUUCUUAAGCAUUGCUAUAAAAACUUAAGAAAAAUAGGUGCAUUUUUCAGUGUAUCAUUAAAAUUGUUUAUGAUCAAUAUGUAAAAAUAUUUUUUUAAGUAGCCUAAGUAUUAGUUUUGUUCAUCAUCACACAUAAUUUCUAUAAACUGAUUUGUAUGAAUUGAAAUAAUUAUAUAAAUGAAAUUAAUGCAGCUUUAACAAAUUGUAGUAAAAACCUUUAUAAAAAGCCAAAUCAGUCUUUUUACACUGUUUACAAAUACUUGUAUGGAUCUAGGACUGGGCUCUAAACUAAAGUCAUGUUUCAAUUCCACAAUUCAUUUCUGAAUGAAAGUAGUGUUGCCGUUGCAUCUUGCUCCAUUAAGUGUGCUACCGAGUCUCGGUAUACCAAUCACAAACUUACCCAAGUUAUCGGAACCUCUGCUAUUUGCCCCAAGAAGAUCAGAAUCCUUUGGUAAGACACUGAAGAAAGAGGUCGGGUCAGGUUGUCACUUGUUUAAUGCAGCUCAAUAAUUUGUAUUCUGUACUUGAUUAAAAUAGUGUAAUUAGAAGCUUUUUUUAUAAAUAAGGGUGAAACAUAGGGGGUUGAGUGUUGAUGAAAUGGUUGUGAAUUCAAAUUCCGAGAUUGAAAAAAUUUAUUGACAGAUAUAAAAUCUAAGUAGAACAAAAACAUGAAAUAGCAAUUAAUUUGGUUGAAAGAACUCCAGGUUUUAAUAAAAAAUAAAGCUAUUAAGAAUUAUAAAAUCUGUCUUUUUCGAUUACAAUUAGUUCUUCAUUUGGUUAUAAUAAAUCGGGUCUUUUGUAUGUCUCUCUUAAAUUCAUAAAGAAGUAAAAUAUAUAAAUUAAGUAUGAAAUUUACUUUUGUCUAAACAUACGUGGUCCGCCUUGAUCCAAUUUAUUGAUUGAACAAUGGAAAUUUUCUCAAUAUCGUUACUAAAUAAUUAGGAGGAUCAUCAAUAUAACGGAUUGACCAACAAUAAUUCUGCAUAUUCCAAUCGAACGAUCAUGCGGACAACGCCCAUAUUGCGGAGUUAACUUUUUCUAUCACUAUGUAUUAACGCACAUCAAUAGUAUAGACAAAAAUAUUCUAUUCGACUUCCUGUUGCUAAUUAAAAACAUACAUUGUGAAUCUUACAAUUAAUUAACACUACGAAAUACGGCUCAUUCAUCUAAGUGUAAUCCCGUAUGUCAAAAUCAUUACGUUUUUGACAUAUGGGACUUUCAUACUUCACGUUCAAAAACACUUAGCACUGUGUGACUUCCGUAUGUCAAUUCAAAUUGUCAAAACGCGCUGUCUUGUUUGAAUCUCAACCUAAGAAUGUAAAAUUUGUUUAUUUGUUCAAUACAACAAGUGGACAAACUGUGAAUUGUAGGAGUUGUAUUGUAUUAUAUAAGAUUUUGGUUAAAUAGUGCAAGGAGUCGAAGAGAAUAAUAGCUUUAACCAAACAGCAAUGAAGACUGUAACAUUGUUAUUUAUUAAGACAUUCUGUAGUUUACACAGCGUAUAACAUCGUUAAUUACUGUAUCAAUAAUACAUAAGCCAUGCAAAGCAACCAUGAAAACAAUGGCGAAAUAUCUUUCGUAUACCGGAAAUAUAAAUUUGAAUUUUUUUAUUAGUAUUGGGUAAAUUUUUCGAAAAAAUAAAAAAUGCCCUCGAGUGGUAUACUACCUACUUAAUUAAUAUAAAUAAACAAUUUUUUUUUUAUUCGCAGAGACAGAAAGGGACUUUUAUUAUUCCUGAUUUCAAACCUUGUAUAUUGGACUUGACUGCCGCUUAUUUUGAGCAAUCCCUUAAAAAAAUACAAAAACAGGUAACGAACAUCGAAAUUAAAGUCAUUGUUUUCAUUCUUGGAAAACACACGUGAAGCUUAAAAUGUGUACAAAAUUAUCAUUACAAGUUAUUGCGUAGCUAGAAUAAUUUAGCAUAUUUCUUUAUCGAGCAAAUUAUAUUUAGGGGUAAUUUAAAUCAAUUCAGAUCCUUAAAAUAGUAUCCUUCUGAGCUUCACCGAUUUUAUAGACGUAAUGUUGUUGAGUAUAUUUAUUUAUAUUCAUGUUGCAUCUUCUAGGUCUAUCGAAUAUUUUUUAAUUAUAAUUUAGAUUAUUUUAAUCGUUGCUUAAAAGACUUAUCAUCUCAUGUACCUUUAAGACUUCCGCAAAUACACUAGAUAGAACUCUAUAGCACAAUUUAAGGUUAAAAGUUAUCAAAUCGAAAAAUUAAUAUUCAUCGAAGAACUGUCACACUAAAAACAAUAUAUAAUACGCGCCUAAAUGAUCAACUCCACAGAGAGCGACUAUUUAUAUUAGCCACAGAUAAUUAGCGCGUACUCGUUUAAAAAAUCUAAUGUUUUUAACCUAUAUGACUUAUACUUGGGUCUCAAGUCUCGACUGUGAAUAUUACCCUAUAUUUGCCUAGAAUUUUAUGUAUCUACUAUACAUUAGUAUGGCAAAGAUCGGUCGAAAUUUCUGCUGGUUAGACCAUAAUUGUUGUAUUUGCGGGAGAAAAUCAGUACCAUAGCUAAAUAGGGAAAUACGGCUUUAUCAGUAAGUUGGUUAAGAUGCCAUCUGAUGGCAAAAUAUAACUUUUAAACUACGUAAUUUGUUACAAACAAGGAAAAUGCUUUUCCUUCAUCAAGCAAUACUAAUUUAAGUAUUUAAGUAAAAUGUUUUAGAUAUAAAUUUUAGAUAGAUAAGUGAAAACGAAUACUCAAUUUAAGAUAUGUAUAGUUUAGUUAUAAUUACGUAGUUAUAAAUUCGCGACAGCAAUAAUAUAUUUGUAUUAAAAGCUAUUAAGCGUUAAAUUUUUAAUAGCAAUUAGGUAGACAGUUGUGAAUAAUUGAGCUAGUGUUGUUAUUUUUUAUGUGAAAGAGAUUAUUUCCAGGAAACAACGUUAUAACUGAGAACUAAUAUUAUGUCGGUCUUUGCUGGAAUAAGUUGUUUCCAAUGUGUGAUAUAGGUAUGGUAAUUAAUUAAGGAUAUAGACGUCAGCUGCAUGAUUAAUAAAUUAAAGUGCAAAAUA